UUCAAAAAGAUAGUAGUCAAUUCGAUACGGUUUGACAAUGAAAACAUUUAUUGCUCUAAGUUUACUCGUAGCUGUUGUAUCAGCAGGCGUUAUGCCUGCUGUCGAACAACGUCUGCCAUUGGUACCUGUGAUGCCAUUGGAAGAAUUGGAAGGACGUAUUACCAACGGUGAACUUGCCAAGCCUGGUCAAUUUCCUUAUCAAGUUGGUCUAAGUUUGGUCUUCGGAAACUCUGGUGCCUGGUGCGGUGGUACUUUGAUAUCUAACCGUUGGGUAUUGACUGCUGCUCAUUGUACCGAUGGUGCUGAUGGUGUAACUGUAUACUUGGGCGCCACUGACAUCAAGAACGAUAACGAAAAGGGUCAACAAAGAAUAUACUCCUCCAAAGCCAACAUUGUCGUACAUGCCAAUUGGGUACCCAGCACCUUGACUAACGAUAUUUCCUUGAUCAAAUUGCCCGUCCCUGUUGAAUUCAACGAUCUUAUUCAGCCUGCCACUCUACCCAAGAUGGAUGGUAAAUACUCUACCUAUGAAGGAGAUUUAGUUUGGGCCUCAGGUUGGGGUAGGGAUAGUGAUGCCGCCACCGCUGUUUCUCCAGUCCUUCGUUACAUUGAAGCUCCCGUUUUGAAACAAUCCACCUGCAAAACUUACUACUUGGGCUCCGUUACCGAUAAGAUGAUUUGCAUCAAAUCUGUGGAUAAGAAAUCCACAUGCAAUGGCGACUCUGGCGGUCCUUUGGUAUAUAAGGAAGGUGGUGUCAACUAUGUCAUUGGUGCUACCUCAUUUGGCAUUGCUUUGGGUUGCGAAAAGGGCUGGCCAGGUGUAUUCACCAGAGUUACUGCCUACUUGGAUUGGAUCGAAGAAAUCUCUGGUGUUGUCAACAAGUAAUUUAUUUGAAUUGAGUAUAAAUAAUAAAACAAUGAACUGAAA